AUGCGGCGACGCGCGCGCGCGUGGUUCAUCGUCUCCUGCGCGUCACUCGCCGUCGUCGACGCGCAAUCGUCGUCACCGACGCCCUCGAGUUCCGCGUCCCAGGCAACUGACUCGAACACAAAGGUGCACGAGUACCUGAAUUUCGACGUACGAUUGAUCAACACCGACGUGAGCGAUCAGUUUUUCUCCACCACGACGGAUGACGACGGCGCGGGUGGGGUGAAUCACUUCGCGUGCGAUUUCGGAUGCGUGGACAGCGCGGAGGUGACGUUGGAGUUUUGCGACGCGCGCGUGGCGUACUCGUUUUGUAAGCGCGGCGACCCGACGACGUUGGACGCUUCGUCCAGCGAUCAGGACGCGGUUGAUAUCAUGGAACGAGCGGUUCGUAAACAGUAUUUAAAUUUGAUGCGGGCGUUCGCGCUGAGAGGAUUCGAGCCCGGCGCCGGGUGUCGAGCGACGCUUCGAAGGUGGUUCUGUUACGAGUACUUUAAUCGGUGCACGGUGGACGAGACCAAGUUCAUGCCAACGUGUCGAAGCGUUUGUGAACAGAUAAAGAAUGAUUGCGGCGAGGCGAAUUCCGCGUUCGUGGACUGCGACGUGGAGUACGAAUCGUUCGACAUGUCGGGAUCGACGCCGCCGACGUUUUACACGGGCGGGACGUACGUCAACGGGACGUACGUGAACACUGAAGAAGGGAAAGCGAGCGGGUCGUACAUCACCGGAACGAAACCGAACGGGGAGAACGGUACGCUGGUGUUCGAACUGGCCUCUGGGAAGUGUACGGGCGCCGCCGCGUUCGCGAGCACGCGCGGCGCGUUUUUCGUCGCCGUCUCGCUCUUCCUACUCGCGAUUGAUUAG